AUGGACUUACAAACAAGCUUUAAACUUUUCAUCUUCUUGCUUUUAAUAGCAUUAAAGGGAACAAAUCAAAACCAAUUAAUGGAAGAAAAAAUCCAUCAGGAUGGCUAUAAAUCUGAAUUUCACACUGUUGAAACGCCAGAUGGUUACUUUUUGCAAGUUGUUCGCGUGAAAAAUGACGUCGCUUUACCGAAAGAUGCGCCUGUUUUUCUCUUGAUGCACGGUUUAUUUCAAUCUGCUGGAAUGUGGGUAUGCCAAAACGACACACGCAACAGUUUAGCCUAUCAAUUACGUGAUGCGGGAAUAGAUGUGUGGCUUGGAAAUGUACGCGGAACUUCGUUAUCGCAACGCCACAAAACUUUAACGAUUGACGAUGCAGCAUUUUGGGACUAUUCGAUGCACGAGAUGGGCACUAUUGAUAUCCCGUCGAUGAUUGACUACAUUCUGGAUGUGACAGCUCAGAAGAAAUUACAUUACGUUGGAUUUUCCAUGGGAGGCACGAAUUUUUUCAUUAUGACAUCGAGUGUCCCGACAGUUAAUGAGAAAAUCUCGAGUGCACAUUUAAUUGCGCCGGCAACGUUUUUAGGAAAUAUUCCGAGUUCCUUGAUUCGACAAGUUGCAGCAAAUGCUCCGAUUAUUCAUGCUGAUUGGGAAUUAUGGGGCGUUCAAAGACUUGGAUUUACACCCGAUUUGUUUACAUCAACAGUUAAUGCAAUCUGUGGGCAAAGCAAAUUCAUGCAAGAAAUCUGCAAAUCGACAAUUGUAAGAGUAAUUGGAGCUGAACAUGGUGAAACUGAUAUAGAUAAUUUGGCAGAAUCAAGGAAAUAUUACACGGAUCUUGCUUCGACGCAACAAGUUUUGCAAUAUUUCGAGAUGAUCAACACAUGUAAAUUCAUUCCAAUGAAUUAUGACAACAAUGAGGCAAAGAAUUUGCAACAUUAUGGGCAACACCCUCCUGUUGAAUACGAUUUGAGUUCAAUUUCUGUCCCAAUUACGAUUUUUUAUGGCACUACUGAUGGUUUAAUCUCUCUUAAGGAUGCAAAUAUACUGAAAGAAAGAGUUUCGACUAUCAAAGAGCAAUAUUUCAUGGAAAAAUGGAAUCAUCUUGAUAUGUUUUUAGGUAAAAAUGUUCGUAUAGCAAUUCAUGAUAAGAUUUUGGAAGAUGUUCAAAAAUAA